UGUUCGUGUUAUCGCGUGUUGAAGCUUGACAGCGGCUCCACACUUAACUGCCACGUCGAGCUGCGGAGGACGAGCGUCUCUUUGACUAACUUUGUCCCGUCAAGACUGCGCCGGGACGUCACCGUGAGCUGAGCACAGGAGCGGCUUCACAUUCACUGCAACUUCAGGAUCCUGUGAGUACGGCGAGGCAGAGACAGCAAUGAGGCAACUCAAAGGCAAACCCAAAAAGGAAUCUUCGAAGGACAAGAAGGAGCGUAAACAAGCCAUGCAGGAGGCUCGCCAGCAGGUGGCCACAGUCGUCUUACCCACUGUGGCUCUGGUGGUGCUGCUCAUUGUUCUUUUUGUCUAUGUAGCCACAAGACCUGAUGCCAUAGAGUAGACCCUGGAGGUCUGCUAAAGUGACAUGGACUUCAAGACAAUCUUAGCUUGGACAAACUGAUAGCAGCUUCACCCAAAGGACCAUGUGGUAGCCCAUCAGUGCCUUAAUUAAAUUCUCCUCCAAAGACAAUGACCAGACCACUAUCAUUGGCUAUACAAGAUGGACUAAUACUAUUGUCUCACUACAUUAUACAGAAUCAGAUCUACCAAAGGACUAGUGCGGAACCUGCCAAGUGUUUCCAGAGACGGCAGGUCAAAACGGGCUCUUUCUUGAUGUCACUAUUACGUAAAUCUUGGGUCAGACUUUGAAAGAGAGAAUACUGUUUUGGGAAAAAAAAUAUUGAAAGAUUUUUCAGAUUUCCCUGACUAGCAAUAUGCAAUACUACGAAGUAUAUCUUGCUGAUGCUGACUGAAAAUCCUGUGUGUGAAACUCGUCAGCCUUUCCUCACAUUGGGAAAGUGGAUGCUGCUCUGCUGUCGAAAUCAUGUUGAGCUUUGCCUUCUCAUACAGGGAGGGGAGGGGGGUGCUGUUAUCACUGGGUGUGAAAACAUACUUGUGAUUAAAACACAGUUGCUAUUGAGCAUUACUGAUACCAGUUAAUAAAAUAUAUUUUUUGCUUCUGUGU